AUGGCGACAGCGACCGGCCGAGAGACUCGUGCCUCUGCGCGAAAGCGCACCAGCGACAGCGACCGUGGCACCAAGAAGCCCAAAAUCGAGGGCAAGACAGACUAUGCGCGCUGGCGCCUCAAGGACGACGACAGUCGCCACACAUGGCACUAUCUGACUGAUGAUAACGAGCUGGAGAAAUGGCCCCAGAGCACUGCAGAAAAGUACUACAUGAACUUGCCGUUGGGCCUACCCGACCUCCCGAAAGCGACUACAGCUAUUGAUGCUGCAAAUAAUGGAGCCAACUUUUUCGAGAAGCUGCAAUUGCCCUCGGGCCACUGGGGCUGCGAGUAUGGCGGCCCCAUGUUUCUGCUGCCAUGCGUUGUCUGCGCUUGGUACAUCACCAAGACGCCCAUUCCCGACGCCUACGCCAUCGAGAUCAAAAACUAUCUUGCCGCGCGAGCGAACCCCAAGGAUGGAGGCUGGGGUCUGCACAUUGAGGGCGAGAGCACCGUCUUUGGCACCAGUCUCAAUUAUACAGUACUGCGCCUCGUCGGCGUCGACCCCGAGGACCCCAUUAUGGUCAAGGCGCGAGGCACCCUGCAUAAGCUCGGCGGCGCCCUGUAUGCCCCUCACUGGGCCAAGUUUUGGCUGGCCACGCUCGGCGUCAUGAGCUGGGACACUGUCAACCCCGUGCCGCCCGAGAUCUGGCUCCUGCCGGACUGGGUACCAAUUGCGCCGUGGCGCUGGUGGAUUCACAUUCGACAGGUCUUCCUGCCCAUGAGCUACGUAUACUCGAAGAAAUGGAGCUGUCCAGAGGACGAUAUUAUCCGAGGUCUCCGGGAAGAGCUCUUUGCUGAGCCGCAUGCCGAGAUCGACUGGGCCAGCCACCGCAACAGCAUUGCGCCCGGAGACAACUACCACCCCAAGUCUUGGCUGCUGAACAGCGUCAACUGGGCUCUUGUCAAUGUUUACAAUCCUUAUAUUCGACCCAACUUUAUCAAGAACAAGGCCGAAGCGUGGGUCAGCCAGCUUGUCGACAUGGAGGACGCCAACACAGACUACGCAGACCUGGCCCCCGUCAACGCGCCCAUGAACACGGUCGUCUGCUACAUCAGAGAUGGCCCGGACGCGUUCUCGGUAAAACGCCACAUUGAGCGACUGGAAGAGUUCCUGUGGGUCAAGGACGAAGGCAUGCUAGUCAACGGCACCAACGGCGUGCAGUGCUGGGACACGGCGUUCCUCAUUCAAGCCCUGGUCGAGGCCGGCCUGCACACCGACAAGCGCUGGCGGCCGAUGCUGCUCAAGGCUCUCCACUACCUCGACCGGCAGCAGAUCCGCGACAACUGCGUCGACCAGGAAAAGUGCUACCGGCAGCAGCGCAAGGGCGGGUGGCCGUUCAGCAACCGCGACCAGGGCUACGGCGUCAGCGACUGCAUAUCCGAGGCGCUCAAGGGCAUCAUACUGCUGCAAAAGACGGACGGCUACCCGACGGCGCUGGAGGACCAGCGCAUCUUUGACGCCGUCGACACGCUGCUGCUGUACCAGAACAGCAACGGCGCGCUGUCGUCGUACGAGGCGCGCCGCGGCGGCGAGUACAUGGAGCUGCUCAACGCGGCCGAGGUCUUUGGACGCAUCAUGAUUGAGUACGACUACCCCGAGUGCACGACGGCGUGCGUCACGGCGCUGUCCCUCUUCAACAAGCACUGGCCGGACUACCGCGGCUCCGAGAUCAAGACGUUUAUCCGCCGCGCCACCAACUGGAUCCGUACCAACCAGCGCCUCGACGGAAGCUGGUACGGCAGCUGGGGCAUCUGCUUCACGUACGCGACCAUGUUUGCGCUCGAGAGCAUGGCCAGCGUCGGCGAGACGUACGCCAACAGCUACAUCGCCAGCAAGGGCUGCGCGUUCCUGCUCUCCAAGCAGCGUGCCGACGGCGGCUGGUCCGAGAGCUACAAGGCGUGCGAGACGAUGACGUACGUCGAGCACCCGAUGGGCUCGCUGGUGGUGCAGACGGCGUGGGCCCUCAUCGGGCUCAUGGAGGCCGAGUACCCGCACGUCGAGCCGCUGAAGAAGGGCAUCAAGCUCAUCAUGGACCGGCAGCAGGCCAACGGCGAGUGGCUGCAGGAGGCGAUUGAGGGCGUCUUCAACAAGUCGUGCAUGAUUUCGUACCCCAAUUACAAGUUUACGUUUACCAUGAAGGCCCUCGGCAUGUUUGCGAAGCGAUUCCCCGACGAGAAGUUUUAG